GCGACGGCUUCUUCAACGUUCGAAACUGCAAUCUGCACUCGCAGCAUAUAAUGUCGUUUUCACUUGCGCGCUACGUUCUUCUUCCUCUUCUUUUUACCGGAAUGCACGAUAGAGUGGGACUUGCGCUUAACUUGGACGACAAGAUGGCAUUAUAUCAGAACUGUACGAUUUUCGACAAACCGGAUAUAUACGGCGGUCCGAUAUGCGGCGACGACGGUGUGACGUACGCUAAUAGUCUUUACUUAGAUUGUAAAAAUCAUCACAGCCGCGAAACCGUUACCACGUUGCAUGCCGGUCCGUGCUUGGAGAACGAAGAAUAUUGUAGCGUCAAUCUGUAUUACGAGCCAGUUUGCGGCUCAGAUCACAAGAUUUACACUAAUACGCAAUCUCUGCUAUGCGUUCGUCAGAGGCAAUCGAGAAAUUUGACAGCCGUGCCGAUGACGGAGUGCAGCCAGGACGAUGACUGUUACCGUGGCGGCACCAAAUAUUACGGGGUGAAUCCGGUCUGCGCCAGUAGCGGAUUCACUUAUCCAAACGCGGCGCAGCUCAAGUGCCUGCAACGAUAUAAUCCCGCGUUGCAAAUUAUUCACGACGGCGGUUGCCGGGUGGAAUUUGUCCAUCAGCUUUACGGCGCGGCGGUUUGUGACCUCGCGAAAUCGAGAUAUGAGUGGAAUCCGGUCUGCGCGUCGGAUGGAGUCACUUAUCCAAAUCCUUUUAUCUUUCUUUGCUAUCAGCCACAUUUAACAGUAAUUUCUAACGGGGAAUGCGGCACGCACAGCCACGAAUCCUGCAUUGAGGCGCACACGAAUACGACAAUUUUGCCAAACGGCGAAUACGUGAACGACGUCUUCACCGCGGACGACCAGGUUUGCGGGAACGACGGUCGCACGUAUCAGAGUACACAUCACUUGCAAUGCCACACUCGUCACGAUAAAUAUGUGUUUCUGAGGCAUCACGGAUCGUGUUCCGGACCGGAUGACUAUCCUUGCGGUUCGGUACCGGAAGAGGAGCACAGACAGCCGGUGUGCGGCACCGACGGCAGGUCCUACGUGAGCCCGGAGGCGCUGUGGUGCGCUAAAUUACGCUCCCCGGAAAAAGAUAUUGCUUACAGGCACGACGGUCCAUGCUAACGAAGACAUUGUCAGGAAUUAUGCGGAAGAAUAUCAAGCGUGGAAGAAGUUACAUUAAUACGGUCGAAAAGUGUCAAGAAACUUGAACCAUGUGUGGGAAAAUCAAAAGCUUUCACCAAGUUCAAACGAUGUACAAAUAAGAAAUAGAAAGACUUUUACAUGAAACAUGAACUGUAUAAGAAAAUGACUCUAUAUUAAGAACAGAAAAUAUCAAUGUAUAUAUAUAGGUAUGUAGAAAAUAUCAAUAACUUGUAAUUAUAUCGCUCUUUAGGAAUAA